AUGGCGAACACUAAAAACUCAGUGGAUUCAAAAUCCAUUAAAACUUUGGAGACAAAGAUCUUACAUGGAAGCAAAUCAAUGGACUCUGGAAUAUCCUUGGAUGUCAGUUACAAAAUGGAUUAUCCUGAAAUGGGUUUAUGUAUAAUAAUUAAUAAUAAGAACUUUGAUAAAAAUACCGGAAUGGCAUGUCGAUCUGGUACAGAUGUGGAUGCUGCAAAUCUCAGGGAGACCUUCACAAACUUGAAAUAUGAAGUCAGGAAUAAAAAUGAUCUUACACGUGAAGAAAUUUUGGAGUUAAUGCACAGUGUUUCUAAAGAAGACCAUAGCAAAAGGAGCAGUUUUAUUUGCGUGCUUCUAAGCCAUGGUGAAGAAGGAAAAAUUUUUGGAACAAAUGGACCUGUUGAUCUGAAAAAAUUAACAAGUUUCUUCAGAGGGGACUGCUGUAGAACUCUAACUGGCAAACCCAAACUUUUCAUAAUUCAGGCCUGCCGAGGCACAGAAUUGGACUGUGGGAUUGAGACGGACAGUGGGACUGAAGAUGACAUGGCGUGUCAGAAAAUACCAGUUGAGGCAGACUUCUUGUAUGCAUAUUCUACAGCACCUGGUUACUAUUCCUGGCGAAAUUCAAAGGACGGAUCCUGGUUCAUCCAGUCACUUUGUGCAGCGCUGAAACAGUAUGCUCACAAGCUUGAGCUUAUGCACAUUCUUACUCGGGUUAACCGAAAGGUAGCAGUAGAAUUCGAGUCCUUUUCUACUGACUCUACUUUUCAUGCAAAGAAACAGAUUCCAUGUAUUGUGUCCAUGCUCACAAAAGAACUCUAUUUUUUUAAUCACUA